AUGACAAGCCUCAGCGUUCUGGACAGCGAUGCUGUUCCACAGACGAUGUCUCCGCUCUUCACUCGACUCCCAGCGGAGCUGAGGCUGCGGGUAUACACUUUUGUGUCCGUGGGCUGUCAAGCAACAGUCUGGUUUGACGGCGAGUUCGGCGAGAAAUGGCGGGCCUGGCGGUCGUGGGGGCGCAGGGAGAGACUUGCGAAAGACGGGCAGUGCUGCUAUAACCAUUCUGGAGGAGGCUUCGCGCUGCUCAUGACCUGCCGCAUGGUCUACAUCGAGGCCUUCCAGACAUACUGGUCAGAGACGGCCCUGAGCGUGACACGUAGCCUGCAAACCUCAGGCUGGUAUCGUGGAUGUGAGCUGCAGCAAGUCUGCGCUCGCCUCCCUGUUGCGAUCAAGGCAAACCUAGGCCACCUCCGAAACACCAGGCUGCCAAGAAUCGAGAACGACACGCCGACUGACGAUGAUACCAUCUGGGCCCCAACCCUCCUCGAGCAGUUCCCGAGGCUGGUGACCUGCGCGUUCCACGGUUGGCCCCCGUUGCCCAAAGUGAGAGAUCCGCCGUACACUUCGGGGUUACCUGACAGCGGAAAUGUUGCUUCGGUCUACCGCGGAGUCGGCCCCUUCCAUUUGAAGGACGGAGAGAGCCCCAAGGCGUACCUCGAGCGCAGAUUCGGCAUCCAGCAGUCUUGCCGUAUCAUAUUCCUCUCAACGACAAGAGGUUUUCCGCGCAAAGACCCUCCCAAGCGCUAUGAGCAACGCUAUCAGUACUUUAACUACGCCACGGGGUUGGUCUUUCAGACCACCACUCCCCCGCCGUAUGGGGAUGGCUUCGAGGAAAUCCUGAGAGCAGAGAAAGGUUCGGAGUGGAGUUACGAACGGUACUAUGAUUGA